GCACAGGCUGAGAGGGAGGAGCAAUCAAAGCCAGAGAGCAAGUAGAAGCAGCAACCGAUAGAGAUCAACUCAGAAUAAAGACAGAUUCUCUCAGCUAAAAGGAACAUGGGGAUGGAUAACAGCAGUUUCACUGCCAAUCAAUCUUCUGGACUGGAAGCAGCUUCCACACAUCUCCAGAAAGCCUCCAUUGUCAUCUACUGUGUGAUAUUUAUAGUUGGAACUCUGGGCAAUGGCGUGGUCAUCUAUGUGACGGGUUUCAAAAUGAAGAAGACGGUCAACUCAGUUUGGUUUCUCAACCUGGCCGUAGCUGACUUCCUCUUCACAACCUUCCUGAUUUUCUAUAUCAUUUCUCUCUCUCAGAGUCUCCAGUGGCCUUUUGGAGCAUUCAUGUGCAAGCUCAACAACUUUGUGAGCGUAGUCAACAUGUUUGCCAGUAUCUUCACUUUGACAGCCAUGAGUCUGGAUCGCUGUUUGUCCAUCUGGAUGGUGGUGUGGGCACACAACAAACGCACAAUCUGCAAAGCCCAGCUCAUAUCAGCUGGUAUCUGGGUGAUCGCUGGGGUCUGCAGCACUCCUUAUGCCACUUUUCGCACAGUUUCAGAGAGCAAUGGGGAAAGACACUGUGGUUAUUCUAUGCCACAUGAGCAAAAACUGAGCCUCCACAUUUUCCGCUUUGUUAUGGGCUUUGUGAUCCCAUUCCUGGUAAUAGUGGUGUCUUAUGUGGCCAUAGGUAUCCGUGCAAUGAGCGCGCCAAGAACAAGGAAACGAAGAUCUCGCCGAAUCAUUUCCGCCAUCAUUUUUGCGUUCUUCAUCUGCUGGUUGCCCUUUCAUGUUUUCAAUUUUAUAGAAUUAAAGGCUAAUAACCCAGACCUCAAGGACAUUGUUCGAACUAUUGGUUCCCUGAUUGUGAGUCUGGCUUUUCUGAACAGCUGUCUGAACCCCAUCCUCUACGUUUUCAUGUGUGAAGAAUUCCAGAAGAAGCUUCGCCAGUCCAUAUGUUUUGUGCUAGAGAGCGCCCUGGCAGAGGACCAUUUGUCAUUUGCAUCCACUCGCUCCAUGUCAUCACGCUUUUCAAAGACUUCCCGAAGCUCAGACGCUGCUGCAACUUUAGAGAGGAUCGACGCAGCCAUUUAUGAAAACAUUCCAGAAAGCAAAGUGGUCAUCACUGAAGAGACACCAGUCAGUGAAGAUAGAGAGAAGGGGAAGACACAGCAAAGGGUCACGGUUUGGACUUGAACCCAGGCCGCUGCACUCUGGCUAGGUGGCCUAUGGCCUGCUCACCCACUGAGCUAACGGUGCCCAUGAAUCAAUUUUUUUACGCAAAAUUUUCCUCGC